AUGAAUUCUACCGUUUCAAAUAGAGAAAACACUCUGUACAUCGAAGACGAUAAGGGAGAAUCAGAAGGAAUUGAAGAAAUGGGAGAAACGGAAUCAGUAACUACUUCUGAAGGAGAGCAAAUUCUUGUGGGCGAUUCUAAAUGGAAGAUGAACUCAGUUUGGAAGAGAAUGACAACCUUACCUACUGAAAAUGAGAAUGAAACUGUCAGAAAACGUAUUGAUAAAGUAACCAUCGGUCUGGUGUUUGGAAUCAGCUUGCUUGUAUUUCUAAUUAUCAUCGUUAACUGUUUUACACUUCGCUUAUAUCUGAGGGAAACAAGAGAUGAUAGAUUGUUUCGAAAUGCUAUGCCUGAAGCGUUAUCCGAUUCUAAAUCAUAUCGGCAUCGAAGUGGAGGGUCAUGUCUUCAGAAAACAAGACAGUAUGACGAUGAAAGUAUUUGGAAUACAAACAGUACUAGCAUUGAACUCGGUCACACAAUCUAA